UAUCACCCCUUAUCCCCUUCCUCCUGACACACCCCACCCACCUCCCUCGACUUGGAUCUAGAUCGGGAAGCCCCGGCCGCAUAUUCCCCCGCCGCCGAUGCCUCAACCCCCUCUCGUCGCCGCCGCCAGCCUCUGCUGCCGCCUACUCCUCUCCUCGCCGCUCGCCUCCUCCCGCACCCGCCGCUUCCUCCCCCGCGCCAUGGAGUCGUCCUCCUCCACCGCCGCCGCCGCUGCGGAGCACGCAGGUGGCGCGGCGGUGGGGGAGUACGAGGAGGUGCUGGCCCGGCUCUCCUCGCUCAUCACGCAGAAGGUGCGCGCGGACACCGGCAACCGCGGCAACCAGUGGGACCUCAUGGGCCGCUACCUCCAGAUUCUGGAGCUGGAGGAGCCCAUGGCGCGGAUGAAGGUCAUCCAUGUCGCCGGCACCAAAGGUCAUCCAUGUCGCGCGGCCCGAUCGGGGAGCUCCGAUUCGUCUGCCCACCAGUCAGCAGCAGCAACCUAGUCGUCGUCGUCGAUGGCAGGGUUGUAACCUCACUGUCACGCUAAUGGACGCAAAAAAGAAGAGUGGUAGUACUAUCAAUGGUUCAGUCAGCGCCUCAACAGCGUCUGCACUACUUCUGAUAUUGUUUUUCAGUAGCUUUUUUCUGCACCUUUUUCUUUCAGUUCUUAGUGCUGCUGCCCCAUGAACACAUUUUUUUAAUUUGACUGUACAGUCAAAUGAAGCCUUUGUUAAGUAUACACUCCAAAAUUCAGUUAACAGUAGCCUAACUGAAUUUUUUGUUUCUGAAUUUAUAAACUCACUUUAUAUUCAGUUUAUAAAUUAACAGUAGCUUCAAAAUUAAGUAUCAUUCGCAUGGAUCAACUGUUAUUUUAUUUUGUGGAGGAUAAAGUUCAGAUCAUGAAUAAUGGCAUUACAAGUCAACUUGGCACAAUUACACAUGUCCUGAAUCUCAUAGAAUCUGACACUAGCAAGUCUUCAUUGGCAUGCAAGUACUAUUACAUUGUCAUGACAGGAACAAUUAAUUAUUUGACAUGUAUCAUUGGUACUGCUAAAACAUUUCGUUCAUGUUUCAACAAAUUUGGUGAAGACCACUUCAUAUGUAUUUUGCAUAUAUGAAUUAUCUCCUGUUGCUUUCUAAGAUGCUAUUUCUUUCAGUUCUAGCCCUCCUAUCUUUAAUUCCUGGCUGCUGGACUACCUGCAGGACAACGAGUUCAUCUGCGGCAGCUAUCGCUGUGAGCAGUCCGUCCGCGACGCGCUCCGCAGCGUCUUCGUCGGGCACAACGAGAUCCUCAACGUCUGGAAGUAAGUCGCCGGCCAUCUGUUUCCUGAUGAAUUUUCUUUCUAGCUCAAUGUGAUCGGAUAUGACUAGUACGUUCAGAUUUGCUCUUGUUUUCUUUUCAAAUAGUACUAGUAGUCUAUAUUCCAGCUGUGCGACUACCUGUAGCCACUUGAACCGAUGAGAAUUCUUCAAGCCUACCUAUAGCCACUUGAACAGAUGUCUAUCUCAGAUCUGCUCAUCUAAAAAAUCUAAGUGGAGUAGUAUACUGAUAGUAUGGUAUAAUAAUAUUAUCAAAAGGUAAAUGCCCUGAUUAUUUAGCUCUGUCAGAUAAAUACUCGUCGAAAGUGGGCUCCUAUCAAAAUUCAUUUCCAUUAUAAUCUUACUCAUACAAUAUUCACACCAUGUAAUUCUGGAAAUAUAUGCUCAUAUCUAGUUAUGCAUAAAAAAUGACAGUAUUGACAUGUUAUAAAUA